GCCAUGGAGCCACCCGGUUCGGGUACAGGAGCAGCAGAACCGGUCGAGGAGGACCGCGUCGACGAACCGGCCCAUGGGGGCUCCUCCCCGAGCGCUGCGGCGCCGCCACCUCCACCUCCCCGCACGACGCCCCUCCACCUCGAGCAGGCCGGAGGCGGCGCCGAUGGGUCGACCCCCGCGACGGUGUUCGACCCCCGGAAGGGCAAGGAUCCGGUGCCCCUGCUGCCGCCCUGGGCCAUUCCUCCUCCUCCGAGCCCCGCCACGGUGUUCGACCGACGGAAGGGCAAGGAUCCGGUGCCCCCGCUGCCGCCCUGGGGCAUUCCUCCUCCUCCGAGCCCCGCGGGCAGCAGCAGCUCCUCCGACUCCUCCAUCGACUACGGCGCGGCAUUCAGGGCCGGGGCCUUCGGAGACGGGGUCACCGAGUCGAGCACCGCCGCGGAACUCAGAGCCCGCGGCGGCAGGGCGCCGGCUACGUGGAGCGACCCCUUGGUGGCGGCCACGAGGGAGGAGCCCAACGCGGCGCCGCAUCCGUUCGACCACGGGAUGAUCGAUCGGCUGGUGCGACAGCAGGCGGCCAUCGACGGGGCGAUCGGGCUACGGGAAGAGCCCGACGAGGCGGCGCCGUCGGUCGACCCCAAGCUGGUUGCGCAGUUGUUGCUCCAGUGGCUGGCGAGAGUGCAGGCGGCCGUCGACGAGGACAACAGGCGACGGGAACAGCAGUACAACUCGUUGCGCGCGGAAGAGGCGAUGUACCAGAAGGAACAGGAGAAACUAUCACAAGUAAAGGUUGUGGUAAAGGUGAAACCCAAGCAAGACAAACUAGGUAUAAACUGGACUCGGAUCAUGAACAAGAUUUUUCGUAGAGAAGGAAGGGAAAUAUGUUCGGAACAUGUGAACCACCAGACACAUCCCAUCACUGAAGUCAGAAGGCAUCAUAGGCUUGCUUCUGACGAGGCGAACCAUCUUGAUGCGUAUUCAGAAUAUAGAUCGGUGAUUGGAGAUGGGGAGUGUUUCUACAGGAGCUUCAUAUUUUCGUACCUUGAGCAAGUUAUUGAUAGGCAGGACACACAUGAGGAACAACGUCUCCUUCGUGUUGUUGAAAGAAUGUCCAUGCAACAUGCAAAUCUUCGAUGGAACUCUGACUUUCGCAGGAGCAGCAAAGCAUUUAAGAAUCUGAUCAAGAAAAUAAUGAGACGGAAACAUGGCAGAGAAUCAACUAGCAGGUUUUUGACUUGCUUGGUUUUCUGCAAUUCCAUCAUAGUAUUGUGGCCGAAUGCAUUCCAUCUCACUGACAUAAUAUGUGCCAUUUUUAGCCGCCGUAAAGAGAAACUUCUCAAGUUCUUCAACAAGGAUGAUACGACACUAGACAUUUUCAUUUUCCUCAGAUUACUAGUAGCUAUCCAGAUGUGCUCGCACAGGGAGGUGUAUGAACCGCUUAUACCCGGGCUCAGAGGAAAUUACAAUCUGGAAGAUUGGUGCUUUUGGCGCGUCACUCCAGCUCGCCGGUUCACGCAUCAUGUUAUGAUGGUGGCCUUGGCCAGAGCGCUUGAGGUACCCCUCAGAGUGGAGCGAGUCCGAGGAGGAUAUGAUCCAGAUAUCUACACUGUUCCUGGAGUUCCCCGUCCGAGAGUGACCCUGCUGUACUCGGCAAAUCACUACGAAAUCAUCUACCCACGUGCUCCUUCUGCUGAGAGUUCAAGUCAUCAGGCUUCCCAGAGAGAACAUGCUGCUGAUCAGGGUUCAAAUCAACAAACUUCCCAGAGAAAACAUCCUGCUGAUCAGAGUUCAUGUCAUCAGGCUUCCCAGAGAGAAGAUCCUGCUGAUCAGAGUUGAAGUGAAUAGAUUCCGCUGGAUUAAAGUUUGAGUUGGGCUGCUGCCUAUGAAUGAGAUUAGUGGUAGGCAUAUCAUCCUCCAGAUAUCUACAUGCAGUGAUGAAGUUGGGGUAGACAUAGCAUAUACACUUGUGCGUUCUUCUUUGAUAGGGAGAGAAACUUGUGGUGUUGUUUGAAUUGUUGGCUGGUAUACUUGUGCAUUCUUUGAAAGAAUUUCUUUCUAAUGUUGGCAAAGAUACAUACUGCUGAUGCCACUGGAUUGAUUGAUCAGUUUGGUGCUAA